AUGAAAUCCAAGCCCACAAAACCAGUCCAAAAUCCAACCCACCAAAAUCAGUCCAAAAUCCAACCCACCAAAACCAGUCCAAAAUCCAACCCACCAAAACCAGUCCAAAAUCAACCACAACCAGUCAAAAUCCAACCACGCCAAAACCAGUCAAAUCCCAACCCAUCAAAAAUCCGUCCAAAAAUCCAACCACCAAAACCAGUCCAAAUCCAACACCAAAACAGUCCAAAACAACCACCAAAUAGCCAAAAUCCAGACCACCAAACCAGAUCCAAAAUCAACCACAAAUCAGUCCAAAAUCCAGAACAAACCAGUCAAAAAAUCACCCACCAAAAGCGAAGUCCAAAUCCAAACCCUACCAAAACGUCAAAAUCAAACCACCAAACGCAGUUCAAAUCAACCACAGAAACCAUAAAUCCAACCCACAAAACCAGUCCAAAUCCAACCAACCAAACCAAGUCAAAAGCAACCACCAAAACCAGUCCAAAAUCCAACCCCCCAAAAUCAGUCCAUAAUCCACCACCAAACGCAGUCCCAAAAUCAACCCACCAAAACAGUCCAAAAUCAACCACCAAAGAGAGUUCAAAAGCAACCCACCAAACCGUCCAAAACAACCCACAAAAUCAGUCCAAAUCUCAACCACCAAAACCAGUCCCAAAUCGCUAA